AUGCUUCAGAAGUUUGGACGGGAUAAAGUGCGUGAGUCGCACGAAGGGGCCGUAUCGGCUUUGCGCGAAGAAGCAGUUCGACUACAAGUGAGGGAGCUCGGUGACGAUGAAGCAGGUUCGACAACGUCUUCUGACUCGAAGGAGUCGACGGUACUCGAUGAGCAAAGCAAUCUGAGCGACCCGGACUCGCUGAAAGCCAAGACGAAGCCAUUGCCACCACCGGCGAAGGUUUUGUUUCUCGAUGGUAUUCGUGGUCUCGCAGCCAUGCUUGUGGUGGUGCAGCACUCUGAAGAGUUUUACCCGUCUCUACACCUCGGAUCUGUCGGGGUUGACGCGUUCUUCAUUUUGUCCUCAUUCUUGCUGACGUGGCUGUUCCUGAAAAAGAGUAUGAAGCUGAUCGCUCGAAAGGCUUCUAUCCGAACUUGGGCCAUCACGAUGCUCGACUACUUCCAAAAGCGCUUUUUCCGAGUGUACCCGCUGUUUGCAUUGACCGCAAUUGUGCUUCGCUUCCUGCCAUUCGAGUACCAACGUCGGUUUUUCAUUGUCGGGAAGAACGUCCAAGUUGAUCUGUUUAAGAUGCUGACUUUUGACUACGACCAACGCUUUUACGUCUUCUGGACACUGCCACUAGAGAUCGCGUACUACUUGAUCAUCCCAGUCUUCGUGCUAGUCACCAUCGGCAUGCGUCGCUACUGGCUGGUCGGAGCAGUUCCGGCACUCAUGUGGGUUGUACACGAAGGUUGGACAUAUGAAAGGCAGAGCCACAUGCCUCUUCGUCCCCAUAUUCAUACCUUCGUCAUGGGCUCGCUAGCCGCCGUUGUGUACGUCAAGCUGGACUUGUUGAUAAAAAAGACGAACUUCAAGAUGCGUUGGUGGCACGAAAUGCUCAUGCGAGUCGUUGAGGGGCUCACCGUUUCCCUCCUGCUAAGUGUUUGUUUCCGGGGUCUGCUUUUCGACUGGGUGGUUGCAAAUCCAGCAGCACCACCAAAUGGCUUUCCAUUUUCCAGCGUCUUUAUGGCUCUGGUCAUCGUGAUCGAGAUGAUUCUGCCAUCGUGUGUAUCCACAAUGUUUGAGUGGAAUGUCUUUCGAUUCUGGGGCAAAAUCAGCUUCUCGAUCUACCUGCUGCACACAUUCGUUAUCAAUUGCCAUCCAAUCAGUGUGCAGCCUUACUUCUUCAACCGCGUUGUCGCUCGAUUGGUUCUGAUCAUCGCACUUGCGACUUUGUCGUACCACCUGGUUGAGUACCCAUCGCAAUUGCUGGCCCAGCGGACUUCUCGCUUUCUUGCUGCACGAGAAAAGAUUGAUUCGGUGAGUUAUUCGAGUGUGGAGAAGGUUGUCCUGAAAGAACAAGGCAUCGACAUAAAGAUGAAAUAG